AUGGUAUUCUUUGUGUCUGCUCAUAAACCAAUCUUGUUGAAAAGAGAGGAUAUAUUAUUUUUAUUGGCUUGUUACAGUAAGCGCGUCGAGGACACUACAACGAUGGGUGUGCCGCACAUAACUUCCUUCUGCUGGUGCAUGGGGCUGGAGCUUGGCACCAAGUGUAUUGGAUUCUUGCAUAUGCUGUCGGCAUUGACGCUGAUGAUAGUAUGCUCCGUGUUCGCGGUGAAUGCUGGACAGUUCGUGGGCACCAUAGAAGACAUGGACCGUCUCUACUCCACGUAUUACAAGAUUUCGGCGGGGGUGUCUGUUUUCACCGUCGUGCACUUCUUUUUGGCUUUCACGCUGAUCGCAGCUGUGUUCAAGCGUUGGUCCGGUGGUGUUCUGGCGUGGGUAGUGUUGAUGUCAGUGCUGAUGUCGGCUGCGCUGCUGUGCGUGAUCGUGAUGAGUUUCACGCACGGACUGUCUGGCUCCGGCUCUGAGAUCUUCCUCUCAUUCCUCGAGGGGCUCGUCUUCUUUGGAGUUAUCUCCUACUGCAUACUGUGUGUGUACAGUUACUACCUGAUGCUGAAGAGUGCUGAGGACAUGGAGGGGGCCAGCAAGAGUUACUACUAA